AUGUCAGUCGAGGACGAAGAAUGCUUCGAGUCGAUUACACCAGAAUUCAUUGCUCAUCUGAAUUCCGAAUCCGGUCGUCCCUUCAUUCGAUCCGGCAGUUUACCCGUAGGAGAAAUUCAGAAAGAUUCAAAGAAAAACUACUUGAAACGACCCUGCGUCUGCCCAUACUGCCUGAAAAUUCAUUCGAGACGAGACAACGCGAGAGUUCAUAUGAAAAACUAUCACAAAGGACUGCCGAUUCGGGAGUUUUAUCAGGGAAUCGAUGCGAGUUUGGAAGAAGUUCGCAGGGCGAAUGAAACGGGAAAAUGUGAGUUUAUUUGGUUAUGA